AUGCGGAUACGCUUGCCUUUUGCAGGCGUUUUCUUCGCCCUUCUCCUCGUUGCAGGCUACGCCGGCCUCACCACCCUCCAGUUGGGCCAAUACGUAAACGAUAAAGUCCUACACUUCAUAACCUUCUUCCUGCUCACCAUCGUCUUCUACUGGAUCCUCGACACAAACCGUCGCCGCACCCUCAACCUGACACUAACUGUCUGCACAUUCGUUCUUGGAGUUGGCUCCGAGUUCUUGCAGGGCUUCCUCCCCAAUGGCCGCGAGUUCGACUUUUAUGAUAUCAUAGCCAAUAUCGUGGGUUCCCUGGCAGGCCUGGGGCUGUGUUCGUGGUAUCACAAACGUAUGCUAGAACGCAAGCGCCGCUCCAAAUCAUAUGCUCCUGUACCCGGAGAAGACGAUGAAGACGUUGAGCUGGGCGAGGGCCAUGAGACGGGCAUCAUCGAGUCAAGCGGUGCGAGAGACGGCGGUGACGUUGGAGGCAGCAACGGACGGACGCUUGAACAAGAGGUAGACAACUGGGACGAAAACCAGGUGGAUGAAUGGGACGAGGACGAUGCUGACGGUGACAUUGGCGGGGUCAAGGGCAAAGACCUCGACACCGGUGAUAUUGGCGACUCUAAGAAGCGGGCUGACUAG